CUCACAUUCUAGCAUCGAAAGAACACACAAUUACAAGUAACCAGUAAAUCUAAUUCGCAAACAUGCAAUCUAUGCUGAAGCCGGUAAUUGGCCCUAAAAAGGAGGUUCACGACCUCUCCGGUCGAGUCGCUCUGAUAACCGGAGGGGCGUUGGGUAUCGGUUAUGAGGUCGCUCGUGCAUUCGUGCUCAAUGGAGCGCGAGUGAUUAUGGUGAAUCGGAAAGAAGAACAAGGCCAAGCAGCCAUCGACAAGAUCAAGGAGGAAGCCGGCCAGGACGCAAAGAUCGAAUGGGUACCAUGCGACAUGGGAAACCUAGCGCAGAUCAAGGAAGUAUUCACCGGUAUCUGUGAGCGGGAGGAGCGGCUGGACUUACUCAUCUUGUCGGCUGGAAUCAACGCAAACCAAUAUGGCGAAACUCAUGAUAAGAUUGACCGCCACUUCCAAGUGAACUGGCUGGGGCAAUUCUACGUCUGCAACUUACUCUUCCCACUAAUUCGAAAGACAUCCAAAUUGCCGGAUACGCCUGCUCCUCGCAUUGUCUGGGAGACUUCCGAGCAGCACCGUGCUGCCCCGAAGGUGGUCCAUUUUGGAUCUCUGGACGAGAUCAAUAACCCUGAGAUUGACAACACUGAAUUAUACGGGAGGUCGAAAUUGGCCAUCAUCCUUGGUGUUAAGUAUGGGUUUUUGGAUCGGGUGAUUAAGCCCAAUGAAGAUAACAUAUAUGUCCUUUCGGUUCAUCCUGGUGCGGUCAACACAACCAUGCAGCAACAGUGGAAGGACGCAUAUCCUGGACUCCUGGGGAAGGUGAUCACGACGGCGAUGCUGGCUAUCGGUCGCGAUGUGGAACAGGGUGCCUUUAGUGCGCUUUGGGCGGCAACCAGUCCGGAGAUCGAGGAGAAGAGUUGGAACGGCUACUAUUUCUCCGAUUCGGCGCAGCCUGGGAAGGAAACGAGUCAGGCUUCCGAUCCUACCUUGGGAGCGUCUCUCUGGGAUCUGAGCCAUCGGAUCAUCCAGGAUAAGGUCGGCAAGGAUGCGAUGGCAGAUUGGAAUUCGGGCAAGUCUUGAAUUGGUUUUGGAUAAUGAAGGGUGCAUAUUUGUGUAUUGUUCGCAGAAAUUGCCGCAUGAAUCUGACAUGAUAUGUUUAUUCAUAUACAGAUCGUAGAUCUUCUACAAUUUGCCAAUUCUGUAAUAUCUGUACAGAGCCACUGUGGC